CUCAGUGGCAGACAGUUACAGAGUGUGGAUCUUUCAGGACAGGAUGGCGUUUGUCAAGAAAAGUCAUUACCUCCUGGCACUCAUUUUGACUCUGACCCUUGGCCAAGGAUAUUCAGAAUCAGAAUCUCUACUCUAUCCAUAUGGACCGUCGGAGGGUGACCACAAGAAUCCGGUGCAGGACGACGGGACGUCUGGUGAAGUUUCCAUCUCAGUUGGUUUUAAAUUCUUCAGUAAAGAAUACACAACUUUGUUUGUAAAUAAUAACGGAGUGAUUUCCUUUAAAACGGCCGUUUUCCAAUACACUCCAGACGCUUUCCCCCUGACCAAUGGAGAAACAUUUGUGACCCCAUUCUGGGGAGAUGUGGACAACGAACUGCAUGGCGACGUGUAUUACCGGGAGAGCACAGACGACAAUCUGUUAAAAAUGAUAACCAAAGAUAUGGAAAAGCAUCUACCUGAGCAGCAUUUCAUUCCAACCUGGGCCUUUAUAGCCACCUGGGACAAAGUGGCCUACUACGGGUCAGCAUCUGAAAAGUUUAACACAUUCCAAGCUGCUCUCACAACCGAUGGCUUCAGAUACUUUAUCAUCAUGAACUAUGACGACAUCCAGUGGACGACCGGAACAGCUAGUGAUGGGGACCCUGAAACAGGAUUGGGGGGAACGCCAGCUCAGGCUGGAUUCAAUAGUGGUGAUGUAUCACACUACUUCAAUAUCCCUGGGUCCAGAACGGCAGAGGUCUUGAAGAUCAAGUCAACCUCUAAUGUCAACUAUCCUGGUCGAUGGAUUUUUAGAGUCGAUGAUUUUCAAGUUCCUGGUGGAUGUGUGUAUAAAGCAUACUUUGCUAAAGAAGGUGAAGAGUUUUGGAAGGACUCCGGCUGCAGAACCAAGUGUCGGUGUGAAAGUGAUGGGGAUAUCCCUUGUGUGGACGAAGCUUGUCCCCCAACUGCCACUUGUGAACCCUCAGGAUCAUUUUACAAGUGCCAAGAAAAAGAGUAUUCUUGUAAUUAGAAUAUUUAAAAAAUGUAUUUCUAAACUACUAAAAAUUUCAAAGAGACAUUAAUCCUCCUCCCAGACCCACCACUUGUAACCAACCUUCACACAAUCAACACCAAGUAAAGGCCCUUGUGAAAAGCCAUUAACCAUAUUCUUUAAUAAAUGAUGCACCAGAGAUCAUAAGGGUUCUUCGCUAUUGUGUGAAUUGACAGGAAUUAAAAGAGAAUUGAAAGUGAGAUUCAACUUUUAGACUCAUAAUAGCUGAAAUGCCCAAGUCAAUGUUUAAAAUUCAUUUUCAAUUCACUCUCAAUAGACACUGUGGCGGACCGCCUGUCACCCCGACUGGGUGCCUCCACCAAUUGAUGCUUCCUAGUGCUCACCGAGUACUCCAAGCACUCCACCAGACACCAUAACCACCGUAAACAUUGCAGCCAGUGUUACAGCUUGGCUGGGCUCUCGCUGUCCUCCAUCCACCCUGGACCCAAGACGAGGAUCCAGUUUCCAGUGGGUAGACCUCUCCCAAUCCAGAGAGUAAAGCAGGAUAGCUCUUACAAGAGCUAGUGAUUGUAAUCCAAGGGAGUAUAAUGAGUAUAGCAAUCCCCAGAGUGAAUAUAGCUGUUCCCUCCACACAUGAGACGAGGCUCUAUGUUGAGGGUGAAGAGGAACUGGUUUAAUGGGAGCCACAUGCAGCCUUAUAUGCAACUUCUCAUGCAAGGGGUUUCCGGAUACAUAUUCCAGGGCCAUUCCAGGGGCAUUGCCCUCUGGAGAGGAGACUACAGUAAAACAUACAUAUAAUUACAUUGGCUCUCAGGUCCAGGACACUCCCACACAAAACGGGAUAAUCCCUCCCCUGUGCCUGAGAGAUAAUUGAGUCAGGAACUGUACUAAACUCAAUUAUCUCCAGUCACAGAAAACAUACAUUUUAACAUCCCAGAAGUACCCUGAAAACACAUGAACCCCCCAUGCCAUGAUAGCCCCGAUCUGGGGGACCAACAUAUCCAGGAAUAACCCAGAUCGGUUCAGGGGUUCGGGAUUUACAUGGAAGUCAUAAUUUUGACCGACCGUACACACGGUCUCUCUUUCUGGAGUACAAAAGUACAUAAAUCACAUGAACAGAGCCUUUUAAAGUGCAUUGGGCAAGGUAUAUUGCAGGGCCCAAAGUCCUGAGGCAGGAGGCUGGCAAGUAGGCUCCCUUGGAGCCCGGGGCGAGUUUCUGUUCCUCACAGACACAUCUGUAUGAAACUUCUACCAGGUAAUUUCUUCCUAUCGCUUUACUUCAUCUCCCACUUGUCUCUCCACCGUAGCCUCUAUCCCACAGCUUGUAGAAUAUCCCUGGUUGGCACUACCGAGACAUUACCUUGGAUUGAGAGCAAUCAAAACCUAGAACAGUGAUAUCUAAACCCCCAGCCACCUGUUGUGAUGUAACAAGGUUACAUGGGGGACAGGGUCUCGAAGGGAGCCAGAAGUCUCUUUGUAAUUGUGGAGUAGAUAUAUAGGGGGAUGGGGUUACAGAGGGAGACAGAUGUCUCUUUGUAAUUGUAGUUAUAUAGGGGAGUAGUAGUAGUUAUAUAGGGGAAUGAGGUCAUGGAGGGAGUCAGAUGUUUCUUUGUAAUUGUGGAGUAGUUAUAUAGGAGGAUGGGGUCAUGGAGGGAGCCAGAUGUCUCUUUGUAAUUGUGGAGUAGUUAUAUAGGGGGAUGGGGUUACAGAGGGAGACAGAUGUCUCUUUGUAAUUGUAGUUAUAUAGGGGAGUAGUAGUAGUUAUAUAGGGGAAUGAGGUCAUGGAGGGAGCCAGAUGUUUCUUUGUAAUUGUGGAGUAGUUAUAUAGGAGGAUGGGGUCAUGGAGGGAGCCAGAUGUCUCUUUGUAAUUGUGAAGUAGUGGAAAUGAACUUCAUUAAGAAACUUCUUUCACUCUCUGAAAAUCUGUCGAGAUUUAGUACCCAUAGCACAAACUUCUUUAACUGCAAAUUUAUACGAAAUAAAUAAUUGCUGACA